UUGUAACUGUAUAUAUUUACAUACGUGUACAUAUGGCAGGGGCACGAUGACGUGAGUCUCUCCUCGGAGAGCGAGAGCAAUAAAGAAAUAGGCCAGGUGUCUGAGAAGGGCUUCUGUGCGAGCAGGGCGGGUAGCCAGUGACAUUUCACACCUGCGAGAGUCCUGCUGGAAGCGACUGUAAAAUCGAAUUGGUGCAUCCUCUUGAGAGGGGCACUCUCUUUUGCUUUCUAUUCGCUUGCCUGCAGCUAGAGCGCACUUUCGUUUGCCGUGCACCUGAUUUCCUCCUUGAUGGCUGGUCACACCGAUUCUUCUAGCCUAGCAGCUACUUCUCUGAGGGGUUGGUUUGUCGUUGGUGGUUUGAGGUUGAGAGGAAAGAGAUCAGUGAAAUUUUUUUUCUGAGUGAGUGGAAGGUUUUCAGCGAUGAGAAAGGGGAGACUUAAAAGUGGAAGGGGAAAGCAUCCUUCCCUGGCCCCCACGCCUCCCGUUGCCCCUACUCCACACGCGUGACCUUCUUUGGAGACCCCAGGUGGCACAUCAGUAUUUGAUCUGCUCCUCUCCAGCGCGCUGAGGGCGUUGGGCGGCGGGGCUGGCCACACACCACCCUGCUGCUGAAGCGGGCACCCAGCGCCACAGGCAGCUUCGGAAGGACCAUCUCCGUGCUCGCCCCUUCCUCGGGCUGCUUGUGUUUCGGGGGCCUCCCGGAGCGCGGCGCCCAUCAUGCUCGACUGCCCGCGGCUGGCGCUGCUCUGCGCGCUGCCCUGGCUCCUACGGGCGGCGGUCCCUGGCCACGGGGCAGAGCCCCUCAAGCGGUCGGCAGAGCUGCCCCGCAAUCCGCGCGACCCGGCCAGGGGAGCCGAUUUCGAUCGCGUCUACAGCGGCGUGGUGAGUCUCAGCACCGAGAACAUCUACUCCUUCAACCACACCAGCCAUCCUGGCCAGGUGACGGCCGUGCGGGUGCACGUCAACAGUUCCUCUGACAACCUGGACUACCCAGUCCUGGUUGUGGUUCGCCAACAGAAACAAGUGUUGUCCUGGCAGGUUCCUCUACCCUUCCAAGGACUAUACCAAAGGAGCUACAACUACCAGGAAGUCAGCCGCACUCUAUGUCCUUCUAAAGCAACCAAUGAGACCGGCCCUUUGGAACAGCUGAUCUUUGUCGAUGUAGCAUCAAUGGCUCCCCACGGUGCCCACUACAAGUUGCUGGUCACCAAAAUCAAGCACUUCCAGCUCCGGACGAAUGUUGCCUUCUACUUCACUGCCAGCCCCUCUCAACCUCAGUAUUUUCUAUACAAAUUUCCUGAAGAUGUGGACUCCGUUAUCAUUAAAGUGGUGUCUGAGAAGGCUUAUCCGUGUUCAGUUGUCUCCGUUCAGAACAUCAUGUGUCCAGUGUAUGAUCUGGACCAUGAUGUGGAAUUCAAUGGUGUCUAUCAGUCCAUGACCAAACAAGCCGCCAUCACGCUGCAGAAGAAGGAUUUUCCAGAUGAGCAGUUCUUCGUGGUGUUUGUGAUAAAGCCUGAAGAUUAUGCGUGUGGUGGAUCAUUCUCCAUCCAAGAAAAUGAAAACCAGACCUGGAAUCUACAACGAUCAAAGAACCUGAAAGUGACCAUUGUCCCAUCUGUCAAAGGAUCUGUGUAUGUGAAAUCUAGUCUUUUCAGCGUAUUCGUUUUCUUGUCCUUCUACUUGGGCUGCCUGCUGGUCGUGUUUGUCCAUCACAUGAGGUUCCAGAGGAAACCCGUUGAUGGAAGCUUUGGCUCCAGUGAUGGCUCUGGAAAUAUGGCUGUCUCACAUCCCAUCACGGCCAGUACACCUGAAGGGAGCAAUUAUGGGGCAAUAGACGAGUCGAGUUCCAGUCCUGGAAGGCAGAUGUCUUCUUCCGAUGGUGGGCAGCCAUGCCACUCAGACACAGACAGCUCUGUGGAGGAGAGUGACUUCGACACUAUGCCAGACAUCGAAAGUGACAAAAACGUCAUCCGGACCAAGAUGUUCUUGUACCUGUCUGAUCUGUCCAGGAAAGACCGGAGGAUUGUCAGCAAAAAAUAUAAGAUUUAUUUUUGGAACAUCAUCACCAUCGCUGUGUUUUAUGCCCUGCCUGUGAUGCAGCUGGUCAUCACCUACCAGACAGUGGUAAAUGUCACUGGCAACCAGGACAUCUGUUACUACAACUUCCUCUGUGCUCACCCCCUGGGCGUCCUGAGCGCCUUCAAUAAUAUUCUCAGUAACCUGGGCCACGUCCUCCUGGGCUUCCUCUUCCUGCUGAUAGUGCUGCGCCGUGACCUUCUCCACCGUAGAGCCCUGGAGGCUAAAGACAUCUUUGCUAUGGAGUAUGGGAUUCCCAAACACUUUGGUCUCUUCUACGCCAUGGGGAUCGCGCUGAUGAUGGAAGGCGUGCUCAGCGCUUGUUACCACGUCUGCCCUAAUUACUCCAACUUCCAGUUCGACACCUCCUUCAUGUACAUGAUUGCCGGCCUCUGCAUGCUGAAGCUCUACCAGACCCGCCACCCGGACAUCAAUGCCAGCGCCUACUCUGCCUAUGCCUCCUUCGCUGUGGUCAUCACACUCACGGUCCUCGGAGUGGUGUUUGGAAAAAACGAUGUGUGGUUCUGGAUCAUCUUCUCUGCCAUCCACGUCCUUGCUUCUCUGGCCCUCAGCACCCAAAUCUACUACAUGGGCCGUUUCAAGAUAGAUGUGUCCGACACAGAUCUGGGAAUCUUCCGGCGCACUGCUAUGGUGUUCUACACGGACUGUAUCCAGCAAUGCAGCAGACCUCUGUAUAUGGACAGGAUGGUGUUGCUCAUUGUGGGAAAUCUGGUUAACUGGUCCUUUGCCCUCUUCGGAUUGAUCUACCGGCCCAGGGACUUUGCCUCCUACAUGCUGGGCAUCUUCAUCUGCAACCUGCUGCUCUACUUGGCUUUCUACAUCAUCAUGAAGCUUCGAAGCUCUGAGAAGGUCCUCCCCCUACCAGUCUUCUGCAUCGGGGCCACUGCCGUGGUGUGGGCUGCGGCCCUGUACUUUUUCUUCCAGAACCUCAGCAGCUGGGAGGGAACUCCAGCCGAAUCCCGGGAGAAGAACCGAGAGUGUGUCCUGCUGGAUUUCUUUGAUGACCAUGACAUCUGGCACUUCCUCUCUGCUACUGCCCUGUUUUUCUCCUUCCUGGUGUUGUUGACUCUGGAUGACGACCUUGAUGUGGUCCGCAGAGACCAGAUUCCUGUCUUCUGAGCCCCCCAGCAUCCCAGGGGGGAAAGGGAGCAAUCCACCUUGGUGCUGUUUUGUGGAAAAUAUGGUGAGUGCAGCAGCAAGCCCACUGCCAGACACUCCACUUGCCUCAGGGGGAGUCCACGGUGUCUGCAUUCACACAGGAAGAGCCUGGGGCUGAGCUAAGCCUCAAGAAGAAUGGAAGAAGGGAAGGCCUGUUGUGCACGGAGACAAAGCUGGGUGACUGCAGAACCUCUCUUUGUGGCUUAGAGUUCAGUCUAGAACACAAGGUGCAUCAGGUCAGCCCAUCCUCACUGACCUUGGCCAGAGAAACCAGGUCCUCCCACCUCCCACCUCAAUCCUUUAGUGUGGCCACUUCCACACCUCUGAGACACCUGCUGCUAUAGAAGGCCAAAGCACCAUCUCAUUCUCAUUCUCCCCUGACCCUCAGAUGACUGGAUUCCUCAGAAUAUGGUGCAGAAGUGGGACCAAGUCCCCACCCGACUGGGGACAGACAUUCUACUAACUCGAGUUAGGUCACUUUAUCAGAAGGAAAGCUGAAUUCCUGGCACCACUGGAAAUGCUCUGGGUGGGAUACUUCUGAACAGAUCACCUUGGUUGGACCCGUUUUUUAAUGUCUUCAUCUCACCAUUGGAGAUUGACUCUGCACUCUGAUACUGCCUCCCUAGAAGGUCCCUCUUUCUCCAUAGACUUCUAACAGCUCCAAGAUGGACACAAAUAGAGAAAAUGCUUUCUACAACAGAAGUGAUGGACAGUGCUUAGUGGCCAAGCGUCAGACUGACAGCCUUCACCUAAAUGACUUUGAAUCCUGGAGCAAAUUCAACAAAGCAACAAUGUUUGGUGGUCCCCAGACACACAGCUCAAUCUGUGCCCACACAGCCUUUUCAUGGAAAUAAGUGUUCCCCAGCAGUAUUACUCUGGUGUCCUCCACAACUGAACCUGUCUGUCGCUUAUGUAGAUCAGGGUUCCAGGCUACCUGCCUGAAGUUUUCAGCAGUAACUCAGGAUGGACACAUGCUGCUCCCCACUCCCACCGGUUGAGUCACAGAGGUUGCAUCUAUCCAGUCACCUCUUACUGUAUCCCAUUCUCACACUGUCCCCAGGAGGAUGUAAAAAAGCACAAUGUUCUAGCUUUCUUCUCUUGUGCCAUCUGGCAAACCCCUUUUCUGACCAGGCCUCCCAAUUGUGUGGAGUAUGACAUCAUCAGAAAAUAGACACACAAGUGUGUGCACCCAUGCCUACUUGCUUGUGAAAUUGAAGUCACUUCUCGCCUGUGCUUUCUUGAACAUUUAGUAAGGAAAUGAAUCAGACAUUCCUCUUUUUAAAAAAAAGAACUAUCAUUCUUUCUCUCAAAUAUCUGUGUCCAAAUAUGUGCUUUGGAAGUUUGAACAGCAAGCUUUUCCUGGUUUUAAAAAUGCAAAGAUAAUCUCCAUGAAUAAUUUUGUGUGUUUUUUUCCUUUCCAAAAUGGUCUCAUGUUUGCAAUCUGUUUCCUGUUAUUCUUCAUUAUUUCAAAACUUGUUGGCCUCCCUGGGUCACAUGAAGGCUAUCAAUCAGAUGGUUGUCCUAGCCAAGCAUCUUAAAAAAAAAAAAAAAAAAAAGUUCCAAACAAGCAGAGUUUUGUGGCUCACGACCUUAAUCCCAGCACAGGCAGAGCGAGGUGAGUCUAUGAGUUCAAGACCAGUCUGGUCUACAAAGUGAGCUCCAGGCCAGCUAGGGCUGCACAGUGAGACCCUGUCUCAAAGCAAAACAAACAAGCAGCAGAGAAAAUGUUCAAAUCUGGUUGCUGAUGGCUGACUUGAACUGAUUCUUUCAAAGCGGUCCUUCUGGUUUCAUGUCCUAAAUGGACCCAAUAAGGAAACCGUGAACAGCAAAGUCCAUCCACACAGUCCCGGGGCCUGAGCAGAUAAAUAGAAAGAUAACUUAUCUGCUUUGGAAGUUUGGGGGCAGAGAGUCAGCGAAAACAGGAAAAUAGAAAGGGUCCAUGGGGAGGGAAGGAAGGAGGGUGACUGUGCCUCUGUGUCCCUGUGCUCCGUUGUGUCCUGUGCUGUGAUAAUCAAAUGUCCUGGUCAUUUCUGUUCUUUGGAGCAGGCGAAAACACCCCAGAUCAAACCUGCUUUUAAAAAUAGAUUUUCCAAGUCA